GGGCGGGGUGUGGGAGAAAGGUGGUGACGCUAUACCCAGGCUCCGCCCCCUGCCUUGGAGCCGAGACAGUCGGGCUGCUGAAACUCGGGCCAAUCAGAAGGGAGGCUCCAGGAUGGCAUGGUGAUGGAACACAGCUGAGAGGUCUGACAAGAUGUACCAGGUCCCACUGCCGCUGGACCGGGAUGGGACCCUGGUCCGGCUCCGCUUCACCCUGGUGGCCCUGGCCACGGUCUGCUGUCCACUUGUCGCCUUCCUCUUCUGCAUCUUCUGGUCCCUGCUCUUCCACUUCAAGGAGACUACGGCCACACACUGUGGGUUCUAUCACAUCGUGUUUGUGUCUCUGUUCCCCACCAGACCUGGAGCUCCUUCAAGGAUGUUCUCUGCGGCUUCACAGCCCUUGGACCCGGACGGGACUGUGUUCCGGCUCCGCUUCACGGCCAUGAUCUGUUGGGUCAUCACUUUCCCCAUGUUCGGCUUCUUCUUCUGCGUCAUCUGGUCCCUGGUGUUCCACUUUGAGUACACGGUGGCCACUGACUGUGGGGUGCCCAAUUACCUGCCUUCGGUGAGCUCGGCCAUCGGUGGGGAGGUGCCCCAGCGCUACGUGUGGCGCUUCUGCAUCGGCCUGCACUCUGCGCCUCGCUUCCUGGUGGCCUUCGCCUACUGGAACCACUACCUCAGCUGCGCAUCUCCGUGUCCUGGCUACCGCCCGCUUUGCCGCCUCAACUUUGGCCUCAACGUUGUGGAGAACCUCGCGCUGCUAGUGCUCACCUACGUCUCCUCUUCCGAGGACUUCACCAUCCACGAAAAUGCUUUCAUUGUGUUCAUCGCCUCAUCCCUCAGUCACAUGCUCCUCACCUGCAUUCUCUGGCGGCUGACCAAGAAGCACACAGUAAGUCAGGAGGACCGCAAGUCCUACAACUGGAAACAGCGGCUUUUCAUCAUCAACUUCAUCUCCUUCUUCACGGCGCUGGCUGUCUACUUCCGGCACAACAUGUAUUGUGAGGCUGGAGUGUACACCAUUUUUGCCAUCCUGGAGUAUACUGUUGUCCUAACCAACAUGGCAUUCCACAUGACGGCCUGGUGGGACUUCGGGAACAAGGAGCUGCUCAUUACCUCCCAGCCUGAGGAAAAGCGAUUCUAAACCCUUUCUCUUCUGCUAGGAAGGAGGCGGUCCACUGCCCAGAAACUAGAAACAAGACCCUGCACUCUGGCCUUCCCCACACCGUGUCCUCUGUGGGCCCUGCUGAAGCGGCGGGGGAGGCGGGGGGAGGGGGGCAGGGCCGAAGAAAGGAGGAAGGGCACAGGACAGGGCUUCAGGCAGCCCUGCGGCCUCCUCCUUUCCCUCACCCCACCUGAAGGCUGAGGAACCUUCAAGCAGCAUCACCCUUUAUCUGAGAGGCCCCAGGAGGCUCAGCUAGAAGUAGAGCUCCACCAUCUGGUGCUAAAAAAGGUCCUGAGGUUCACAACCACCACCGGUUCUUGGCCUUUACAUAGCCGCCUCUUGCUGAGGUCGGGGACCACUGAACAGUGGCUGCUACCUGAAAACCACAGCCAUUUCUCUCCACCGGGUCAGGUCAUUUGCUUGACUAAUGUGUCUAAUCAUCUCCUGCGCACACCCAGGCCUAGGGCCACCGUCCCCUGCUAAGUUUGCUCAGUUGUUCUAGCCCUGACUUCACCUCCAGUUUAGUGUGUACGCUUCCCUAGCGGUGUGUCUGGGUGGGUGAUGGGGGGUAGGAGGGCUGUAGGAUUUGCACGGGCUCUGCCAGUGGUUCUGACACCACCUUGUGGAGGUGGUGUUCUGUACCUGAAGGCUGACGUGCUCCAGAAAAAGCACUGGUACGGCACCUAUUUUCCUUCCCUUCUGCAAUCUCUGGCUUACAGACUCUUCUUCUGUGGCAAAGGUGUGGGGUGGAGUCAGGGGCAGAUUCCUGCCCCCAAAUGGGCUCUCUGGUGUCCCCUUAUCUCCCUACUGCCCCACGCCCUGACCUCUUUGGGUUGUACAUUUUAUUUCAAAUAAAAAAAAUUUUUUUUGUUUUUUUUUUUUUUC